AGUUCAACAAGUGUCAUCCAGCUCCAGUCCAACCGCAGCAACCUUAACAAAGAAGGACAGAGCACUUAUUCCUAGAAACAAAAAAAAACAACCAUCCCUGGACUGCAUCCAUAGUCUGUUUUAUCCGCAGAAUAAUAAUAAACUAAUAACUUGUUUAGACUUCAGAGGAAGGAGAACAAGGCUUCACCUUUAAAGAUGCUGUGCGCCUUUUCCGUCUGAAUUUUGUAAAGUAAGAAACAAGAGGAGGCUUUUGCUUACAAACUCUUCACGUUAGCGGCAAGACAUUGGAGACAGUUUGUAUGAUGGCUGGGUGUUGUAUCUCUGCGGAGGACAAGGAGAACCAGAGGAUCAACGAGGAGAUCGAGAAGCAGCUGCGGAGAGACAAGAAGGAUUCCCGCAGGGAGCUGAAGCUGCUGCUGUUAGGUACUGGAGAGAGCGGAAAGAGUACCUUCAUCAAACAGAUGAGGAUCAUCCACGGAGGAGGAUACACAGAUGAGGACAAGAGGAGCUACGCCAAACUGGUCUACCAGAACAUCUACACAUCCAUGCAGGCCAUGGUCCGAGCCAUGGAGGCACUUGAAAUAGCCUUUGAAGAACCCAACAACCAGAGCAAUGCAAGCUCCGUCCUGGAGGUGGAGGUGGAUAAGGUGGAGGAGAUGGAUCAAAGCCUGGCAGCAGCAGUGGGGAGUCUGUGGAACGACAAAGGGAUACAGGAGUGCUACGAGCGACGCAGAGAGUACCAGCUGUCGGAUUCCACCAAAUACUAUCUUACUGACCUGGAACGAAUUGCACAACCAUCUUACAUACCUGACCUGCAGGACAUCCUCAGAGUCCGAGUGCCGACCACGGGUAUCAUCGAAUACCCGUUUGACAUGGAGAACGUCAUCUUCAGGAUGGUGGAUGUGGGGGGUCAGAGGUCAGAGAGGAGGAAGUGGAUCCACUGCUUCGAGAACGUCACCUCCAUCAUCUUCCUGGUGGCGCUCAGCGAGUACGACCAGGUCCUGGCCGAGUGUGACAACGAGAACCGUAUGGAGGAGAGCAAAGCCCUGUUCAAAACCAUCAUAACUUACCCGUGGUUCCAGCGCUCCUCCGUCAUACUUUUCCUCAACAAGACCGACAUCCUCAAGGAGAAGAUUGUGCACUCUCAUUUAUCCAGUUACUUCCCAGAGUUCACUGGACCUCAGCAGGAUCCCACAGCAGCUCAAGAAUUCAUCCUGAAAAUGUACCAAGAACAAAACCCGGACAAAGACAAGACGCUGUACCCUCACUUCACCUGCGCCACGGACACAGAAAACAUCCGCUUCGUCUUCGUGGCCGUCAAAGACACCAUCCUCAGACACAACCUGAAGGAGUUCAACCUGGUGUGAAGAGGGAGCAACAUAGAACAAUUAGAUUUUUACUCAGUUCUUUAUUCUUGUAGCAGUUAACAGAUUAUUUAGCUCAGUGGUUGAACAUUUUAAUAUUCUGUGCUGUAAAAAAUCUGGUUGAAGACAAAAUGUGCCUGUUACUAAACUGCUGUCUGUGAAUGGUUUGUUAUUAGUUUCCAUUUCAGCCUAUGUAGAUGCAAGAAGAGGAGGCUUUGAAAUAUAGACUGGAGUAUGAAACGUUUUAUUAUU